GUGUUGACGCCGCAGCUGAUCCCAAGCAGAACCCGAGCUGUGCCUGUGGUUGCUGCUGCUAACUGGCUGCGCACAGAGAGCUGUCGCCAUGCCCCACUCGUACCCAGCCCUUUCUGCUGAGCAGAAGAAGGAGUUGUCUGACAUUGCCCUCCGGAUUGUGGCCCCAGGCAAAGGCAUUCUGGCUGCAGAUGAGUCUGUAGGCAGCAUGGCCAAGCGGCUGAGCCAAAUCGGCGUGGAGAACACAGAGGAGAACCGCCGGCUGUACCGCCAGGUCCUGUUCAGUGCCGAUGACCGUGUGAAGAAGUGCAUCGGAGGUGUCAUCUUCUUCCAUGAGACACUCUACCAAAAGGAUGAUAACGGUGUCCCCUUUGUCCGUACCAUCCAGGAUAAGGGCAUUGUCGUGGGCAUCAAGGUUGACAAGGGUGUAGUUCCUCUAGCUGGGACUGAUGGAGAAACUACUACUCAAGGCCUGGAUGGGCUCUCGGAACGCUGUGCUCAGUACAAGAAGGAUGGUGCCGACUUUGCCAAGUGGCGUUGUGUGCUGAAAAUUGGUGACCGCACGCCCUCAGCACUUGCCAUUCUGGAGAAUGCCAAUGUGCUGGCCCGCUAUGCCAGCAUCUGUCAGCAGAAUGGCAUUGUGCCUAUUGUGGAACCCGAGAUCUUGCCUGAUGGAGACCAUGACCUCAAGCGUUGCCAGUAUGUUACAGAGAAAGUCCUGGCUGCUGUGUACAAGGCCCUGAAUGACCAUCAUGUGUACCUGGAGGGAACCCUGCUCAAGCCCAACAUGGUGACCCCUGGUCAUGCCUGUCCCUUCAAGUAUAGCCCAGAGGAGAUUGCCAUGGCAACUGUCACUGCCCUGCGCCGCACUGUGCCCCCAGCUGUCCCAGGAGUGACAUUCCUGUCUGGGGGUCAGAGUGAAGAGGAGGCAUCACUUAACCUCAAUGCCAUCAACCGUUGCCCCCUUCCACGGCCCUGGGCCCUCACCUUUUCCUACGGGCGUGCCCUACAAGCCUCUGCACUCAAUGCCUGGCGAGGGCAACAGGACAAUGCUGGGGCUGCCACUGAGGAGUUCAUCAAGCGAGCUGAGGUGAAUGGGCUUGCAGCCCAGGGCAAGUAUGAAGGCAGUGGAGAAGAUGGUGGAGCAGCAGCACAGUCCCUCUACAUUGCCAACCAUGCCUACUGAGUACCCACUCCACACUACAGCCCUUGGCCCAGCCACCUGUACCCACUUUUGCCUGUAGUCAUGGCCAGGGCCAAAUAGCCAUGCAGAACAGAGAUGCCUUCAUCCAGCACCAAAUUGUCUUCCUUUUCUCUCCUUCUCUCCCUGCAAACCCCCUAUUGCUGCACCUGGGACCAUAGGAUGGGAAGAUAGAGAGCUCCCCAUGACUGAGGGCAGGAGAAUUUGUUAGAAGUCAGAGCAGGAUGCCUGGAUCUCCCCGAUGCAUCUUCCAGCCUCCCCAAUUUCCCCAUGAUGGGGUAGCUUCUCCUCGGACUCUCCUUUUUGCCUGCCCUCUCUCCUGGGAUCAGAAGGUAGUACACCUGCCCUGACUCAUGUCUUGAGUA